GUGGGGUGUCCGCCUGAGGUUCGCUGAUGGACAGCAGCGGCGAGCAGCUGGCGGCGGCCGAGGACGAGGCGGCGGGCACGUCGGCCUCAGAGGGCCUGGAGGAGGGAGAGGUGGAGGGGGAGACGCUGCUGAUCGUGGAGUCGGAGGACCAGGGUUCUGUGGACCUAUCCCAUGACCAGAGCGGAGACUCCCUGACGAGCGACGUGGGCGAAGAGACGGACGGAGGAUGGGCCUGCGAGGACAUGUCCUUCUACUGUGACCACUGUCACAAGUGGAUUCCUGCAGCUCAGCUCCGCGGUGAGCAGCCCAGUUACCUGAAAGGAGACAACUUCUUUAAAUUUCUGUGCUUCAGCUGCUCAGAGGACGGGAAGGAGAGCUUUGAGAGGAUGAGGCUCACCUGGCAGCAGGUGGUGAUGCUGGCCAUGUACAACCUGUCUCUGGAGGGGACGGGGCGGCAGGGAUACUUCAGGUGGAAGGAGGACAUCUGCUCCUUCAUCGGUCGACAUUGGAACUUUCUGCUGGGAAACAGGAAGAAGACGUCCACAUGGUGGAGCACGGUCGCCGGCUGCCUGUCAGUCGGAAGCCCCACCUUCUUCCGCUCCGGAGCGCAGGAGUUCGGAGAACCCGGCUGGUGGAAACUGGUCCAGAACAGGCCUCCCACGCUGAGACCGGAUGGAGACAAGACCAGCACGAAGAUCAGAGCAGCCUCCAGGCCGCCCAUGGAUCCCAUCAUCACGGUGGAAGGCCUGAGGAAGCGCGGAGCCAGGAACCCCGUGGAGAGCGCCAUGCAGCUGAAAGAGAAGCGCUCCCGCACACAGGAGGCCAAAGACAUACGGCGAGCUCAGAAGGAGGCAGCGGGCAGCUACACGGACCGCAGCUCCUCCUCCACACCCGUCAAGAUGGGAGUCUGUCGGGGCGGACGGCGCCCCGAUCUGGUCCUGGAGAGAGGCGAGGUCAUCGACUUCUCGUCGCUCAGCUCCUCGGACCGUACACCUCUCACCAGCCCCUCCCCUUCGCCGUCGCCUGACUUCUCUGGUCCGGGAACCCCUGCCUCCCACUCGGCCACGCCCAGCCUGCUGUCUGAGGCUGACCUCAUCCCAGACGCCAUGCCCCCUCAGGCGCUGUUCCACGAUGAUGAGGAGAUGGAGACGGAGGGGAUGAUUGACCCGGGAAUGGAGUACGUCCCUCCGCCAAACGUCAACAUCAGCCGGAAGAAGCUCCGCCCACCGCAGACUUUCAUCAAACGGGAAGCUGAUAGCGAGGAAGACGAAGGCCACGACCAAGAGGGCCGCUGUGAGGAGUCUGCAGACUGCGAGGCUCCGCCCUCUUCCUCCCGUGGAGGAGGAGGAGGCGGGGUACUGGAGCGGCGAAGAACGACUGUUCCUGAGAAAUCUGAUGCUGUCGCCGCCCCAGAAGGUCCCCGCUUCUCACCCCUGAGCUUAUAUGAGGAGCGGCUGCUGCUGCGGCGGAUGGAUGCCUGCCAGCUGGCACUGGCCGUCACGCCGCAGGCCAAACGACUCUACAGGAAGCUGCUCAUCCGCCACGCCAAACGGCAGAGAGGACUGCCUCUGUUUGACAUCGACCGGGCAGUCAGUGCCACCCUGAGCCUAGUGGGGGGGAUCUACGGCACUCAGGAGGUGGACUCACGAGUCGGGGGUGGAGUUAAAGGGACUUACUGCACCAGCAGCCAGGAGGAGCGGAUUCUGGAUCGUUUCCAGACAAACGUGUCGAGUAGACGAGGCGUCCAGCAGCGCUCCGUGUCCUUUUGGCAUCGCCUGAUGGGAGCUGAGGGCAGUUUGGAGCAGAACAUCAAGAGUCCGUACACGGCCCGGAUCCUGAAACCGUUCAUCAGGAGGGAUUUCGAGUCGAAACCUCUAAAGCUCCGCCUCCUGGCUGAGAUUAGAGCAUAUCCUCACAGGAAGGAUCCAGACUGGAUCCCAGAACCCGACGCUCCCAUCGACUACUGCUACGUCCGUCCCAACCACAUCCCAUCCGUCAACGCCAUGUGCCAUGACAGCUUCUGGCCAGGUGUGGACCUGUCCGAGUGCCUCCAGUACCCAGACUUCAGCGUGGUGGUGCUCUACAAGAAGGUUGUGGUUGGCUUUGGGUUCAUGGUGCCAGACGUCAAAUACAACGAGGCGUACAUCUCUUUCCUGCUGGUCCAUCCUGAGUGGAGGAAAGCUGGGAUCGGGACCUUCAUGAUCUACCAUUUAAUCCAGACUUGCAUGGGGAAAGACGUGACGCUGCACGUGUCGGCCAGUAACCCCGCCAUGCUGCUCUACCAGAAGUUUGGCUUCAAAGCCGAGGAGUACAUCCUGGACUUCUAUGACAAAUAUUACCCCGUGGACAGCGGCCAGUGUCGGCACGCCUUCUUCCUGCGACUGAGGCGCUAAAAGGUGGCGCCACGGUGCUGCAGGGAGCUCUGCUUUGACUUCUGUCCUGUUCUGAAUAAAACGCUGCUUUUCUCUGUG